AACAUUUUUUAAGGAAACAAUGGCCCCUAAUUAUCUCCAAAAUACAAUUCCCAUUGUCUUCAUCAAUUUAUCAAUAAUUUUUAUGCAAAUUUCCCUUGGAUUAGCAGAAAGUGGUAUAGCUACAUGGUAUGGACCCCCUGAUGGCCCUGGAAGUGGAGGAGCAUGCGGAUUGGAGAAUGAAGUUGCGCAGCCUCCAUACUCAGGCAUGAUAGCCGCAGGAAAUGCCAAUAUUUUUUUAUCAGGCCAUGGUUGUGGUCAGUGUUAUGAGGUGCAAUGCUCAGCUGAAGAAUGCUCGGGCCAACCAAUCACUGUGACCAUCACAGAUGAAUGUCCUGGAGCCUGUAACAAUGUACCAUUUCAUUUCGACUUGAGUGGCCAUGCUUUCGGGGCAAUGGCUAAACCUGGAAAAGAAGAUAAUCUCCGCCAUCUAGGACAAGUUGAUAUCCAAUUCAAAAGGGCGCCUUGCAACUAUAAGGGUGCGAACAUUGCGUUUAAACUCGACAAAGCAAUCAAUCCAUACUAUUUUGCAUGUUCAGUUGAAAGCAUAAAUGAAGGUGGUGACAUUAGGUCCAUGCAGCUCAAGCCUGCAAACUCUGAUCAAUGGAUCCCGAUGAAAAACUCUUGGGGUGCGACAUGGACUGCUGACGUUAGCCCUGAAACUAAAGGCCCACUUAGCUUCAAAAUUACUACCUCGACAGGGAAAUCUCUUGUGGUCGAUGACGCAGUUCCACCAGACUGGGCUGCUGGUACAAAAUAUCUUUCAAAUACCAAUUUUUAAGUUCUUUUAUUCUCGGGUAAACCCAAUUUUCAUAAAUUCUUGUUUAGGAUUUGAUCCUUGACUCUGUACGCGAUUAGAGUUAUAGUACUAUUUGACUUGUAAAUAAAAGAAUUAGAUCCUUGGAAAAAUUCUUAGAGAAAUUCAUCUAAAUACCAUACCGGCCUAUGUCCAUAUGUCGAGAUGUGACUUCUCUAUCAAUAUUUAUGUAUCGACUUCUCACUUUCUGGUAUAUAAAAUACUUGUCUAAACUCAGUUUACGGUAAUAUAUUUUGACUUGUUG